AUGACGGCGGACUCGUAUCCUCUACCACGCAUCUGGGAUCAUCUGAGACGAGCCGCCGGACAACGGUACUAUUGCACGCUAGACAUGAACAGUGGGUUCUGGAACGUGCCAAUCGAGGAGGGGAGCAAGGCGCUUACAGCUUUUAUUACUCCGAUUGGCCUCUUCGAGUUUAAUGUCAUACCGUUCGGCAUCAAGAACUCCCCGGCCGAGUUCCAACGCGCCAUGGAUUCGUGUUUCGCUCCGUUGCUAGGAGACAAUGCGUUCUGCUACAUUGACGACAUCGUCAUUUGUGGGAAAGACUUCGAGGGCGUGAUACAGCGAGUGAAGCUCUUCCUGGAACAGUGUAGAAAGACGGGAUUCUACCUACGCCUGGACAAGAGCGAAUGGUUCAAGAAUGAGGUAAAGUACCUAGGGCACGUCGUCGGACAGCACGGCAUAAAAGUCCAGGAAAAGAAGUCGAAGGCAAUCGCCAACGCACCAGCGCCACGAGCAAGAAGGAGCUACAGAGCUUCCUGGGGAUGUGCGGCUACCUGA